CAACGGCCAAACCCACAGCAAAGGCACACUCUUUUCUUCUUUCCCGAAGCCAUGGCUGGGAUCACCAGCAGCUUUGCCUGCAAGCCCCUCAUAACGCGGGCCACCAAAACGAAGCCGUCGCUUCUCGAGUCCAACCUCUUCGGAGUCCGCCUCUACAAUUCGGAUACCAUCAGGUCUAGCUCCAUCUCUCUCUCCUCAAGUCUUGGGGGAUCCAUCACCGCCCGGUACGGCGGUGGGUCACGCUCCUCGGGCUCUGGAAAUUCGAGGCAGUACCGGAAGAGCGACUCGGAUGAUGAAAAAGCCCUCGACAUCUCCACCAUUAGGUCCGCUACUGUCAGGCUAAUUGAUGACAAGCAGAAUAUGGUGGGGUUGGUGUCCAAAAGUGAGGCUAUUCAAAUGGCUGAGGAUGCGGAGCUUGAUCUGGUUAUAUUAUCCCCGGAUGCAGACCCCCCAGUUGUGAAAAUGAUGGAUUAUAAUAAAUAUAAAUAUGAACAGCAAAAGAAGAAAAGAGAACAGCAGAAGAAAAGUGCUGCCAAUCGCAUGGAUUUGAAGGAGCUCAAAAUGGGUUACAACAUUGAUCAACAUGACUAUUCCGUGCGUUUGAAAGCUGCAAGGAAGUUUUUGAAUGAUGGCGACAAGGUUAAGAUUAUGGUGAACUUGAAAGGUCGUGAAAAUGAAUUCAGGAAUAUAGCCAUCGAGCUUAUUAGAAGAUUUCAGAAUGAUGUUGGAGAGCUUGCAACCGAGGAGGUCAAAAACUUUCGUGACCGGAACAUUUACAUACUUUUGGUUCCAAAUAAGGCUGUUUUACAAAAAGCUCAAGAACCACCAAAGAAACGAGAUAAGCCAGCUGCAAAUGAAGUAUCAGCUAAUGUCUGAGUGGGCUCGAAAGUUUCAUUUGUCCGUGGGGUUUUGAGAGAGAACAGUUACUGGGUGAUCUUCAUAUAUAUUCUUCAGCUUGAUUGAGGAUCCAGAGGUCUUGUAUAGCAUCAGUGUAACAUAUGUGCGAGAAUAUUUUAACUGAGUUUUUAAUUAUAUAAUCUACCUUCUCAGUUCCAAUACAAGUAGAGUUCUGGAAGCUGACUAGUUUGGACCAUUCUUUAAAGGCUGAGUUAUUAGGCGUAUGUCUAUUCCAUCACAUUGUCGAUUCAAGCAAGCCUUUUGUGAUGGGUCCAAAGGAGAUCAAGUACACAAGUGGUUGUGUCCAACUACUGGAUAGGAACUGUGGAGAAAAUGAUUCAUAGAUCAAGUAAGAACGUAAAGGCAGAGUUUGGACACCAGUAGGAUGUGAAAUUCACAUUUCCUUUUGUGGCAUUUAACAAUAUCAAUCUCUAUUUUUUUAUGGUGGUAUCAAAUGGGCAGAGAUUGCUUAUAUCCUAAAAUUGAUACCACUGACAGAAGAAACUACUCUUUGAAUACAUAUUGUUUAAUAUUAUUCUGUGUUACUGGGUUUGAAUC